CUGAGAACCGGGGACCAAGGCAGUGCACACAGCUGCUGGGAGACACAGACAGAGACACAGACAUAGACACAGACAGAGACACAGAUAGGAUCACUGCACAAAGACAUUCCCCAAUCUCCUGCCUAUGAACUGAGAAGAGGGCGACUGGAACAUUGAAAAGGACCAGCAUGGAUUUGUUGAACUCCAACUACCUGAACGCUGGGGGCAAUUAUGAUUAUACCUUUAACUUCUGGACAGAUUACCUGGGCUUGUCUACGCUGGUGAUGAAGAACCGCAGGAAUGCGCCCCGGCCCUCCAACUCCAUCACGGAAUCUCUGAAGGCUACCCUGGGACUGAACGACACCAGCUGCCCUUGCCUUGGCCAUGGGGAUGGACCUCUGGACUGUUGUUUCUGCUGUUCCCCCAACACCUCCAGGAACUUCGUGGACCUGGAGGAGAGCUUCUCCCUGUUUGACCCCUUCCGGGCCCUUCCACCCAGUGGCCUUCACCAGGAGCCUGACAUGUUCCUUGACCCCCUUGGCCCCCUGGACCUCCUGGGGCUGGAGAGGAGGGCAUUCAGGAGAAGCAGCGGCCGAGCGAAGCAAGAGCCCAAGAUCUGUGUCUUCUGCCGUAACAAUGGAGCCCCCGAUGAUGUUUAUUCCUCUCAUGUCUUAAAGACCCUGGACGGGAGGGUCACUUGCCCCAUCUUGAGAGCCUACACUUGCCCCCUUUGCAAUGCCAAUGGGGACAACGCUCACACCAUCAAAUACUGCCCACUCUCCAAAGACCAGCCGCCCCAGAGGAUUCUGAAGGGGGGUAGGGCUGUGGGUGGGGGCAAGAGGCUCAAGAUCUUCUAGACUCGAAAUCUUCGGAGAAAGAGAGAGAGAGAGAAAAACAAAUCCUUUUUGGACCUAAUACUUCUGACCCUCCCCCCUUCCAACAUCCCACUUCCCUCCCUUUUUCCCCAAAACUCAACCUGUUUCAGGAAAAGAAAAAUCUGGUCUUGAAAAACAGUUUUUUAGGAUCCCAUCAUUUUAUGGAUCAAGAAUCUAAUUUUGGGGAAAACCGCGAUAUCUUCGCCUGUCAGAAUGUGGUAUGUUUUGGCAAAGACAGAAUGAGAGAAGAAACUGUAAUUUCUCCCUGGUAACUGUUUACUUGUUGAUUUAAGGUGGUGUGGCAUCUCUUGUGAUGAAAAAUUGAGAAUUAUAUUAAUGUCCAGAAACAUUUUGGUGUUCCGUUGAUGUCCAUCAUUUUAUUUAACCCUUUUCCCCUGCAUCCUGUCCCAUUUAAAAUGUGACUGACGAAUUUGCAAACAAAUUCCACCUACCCACCACCAACAUCCCCCCCCACCCCACCCACCCCACUCUGAGAACUGCUUGGUAUUUUCUGCAGAGAGUCAGUGUUGCUAGGUUGGUGAAGAGCUUUUUUUUUCUGGAAUGUAAUUUUGGGCACUAGCCAAAAUUAUAAAAAAAGACCAACAAAAAUACGAUUUCUAUUCUUGGGCUGAAGUGAAAGGUUGGAGCAUUUUCAAAAAAUGUAAGUGCAUUUAUUUUUUAGGCGCGCUUUCUGAAUUUAAUAUCAGUUGUGUUUUAACAUAGGAUUCAAUUUCUAGCUUUCUGCCAGCUGUUGAAAUCUCUAACAUGUAACUAACUUUCACUGUAAAGUCACACCCCGAUAAUAUAAUCUUGGAACUCAACGAUGGCUUAGAAUUAGAGUCUAUUUUGCUGUAGCUCCAAUCAAUAUCCUUGUUCCUGAACACACGGUUAGGGUGGUACACAGAAACAGAUUUAACUUGAUCAUGCGAGAGAUAGGACUUGGGUUGCGGUCUGUUCAGGAGUAUGUAGUGGGGAUUGGAGAAAGAACCUUUAGCGAACCUCAAGACCUGAAUUUGUCUUAAAGCAAGAUCGCUGAUUUGUUUUCGUUUCUUCUUUCUCAGACACAAACAAGCACGAUUUGAAAAGAAAAAGUUGGAUAAAUAGUCAAAUUUCUCUUUGUCGCGUACUGUCUGAACUCUUAAUCCAAAUAUAUUAAAAAGAAUUGCAGUUUCUUUCUUAUAGUGAAUGUAACAUUUUAACAGUCGGAAAUUGUUCUGAAGAGAUGAUUCUAGCAGGACUGCACAGUGAAAUUGAGUCUUUCCUUUUAUUUACCAAAGCAGUUUUACAAGUUGUAAGAGAAUUAUAUGUAAAUAAGAACUUUAAUGUAAUGUAUAUUCAGUAUUUUGAUCAUAUACUGAUUUGAAGAGGGCUCUACCUCAAAAGAUUAAUGCUUGAGAGAUGCAUUAAAUUUCUAUCAAAAAGUAAUUAAUUAUCAGAUUCAAUAAAUAACCAGUUUAUAAAUGACACACUGCCAUUUCUAAAAGGUUUUGUAAUAAUAUUUUUUUUGAAUUUUAUAUAAGAAAUCUGUAUUUUUCACAGUAAGGUUGCAGUAGAAAUUAAAAAUGAAUGCUGGCUUUUAAGCAAUUCAUUCGUACAUAAAGAAGUUUCUGUAAAUAUAAUUCACAAUUCUUCCCUUUCUUUUGCGAAUUUGUGUUGUAAAUUGUUCAGAGAUUGGCCUUUCUUUGCGUAGAGUUUUUUUUAAAAAAAAAUUUAAUUAAGGUACUGGUUUAAUUCUUAUUUAUACAAUGGUGUUACUGUUUCUGUAUGCUGCAGCACAGAAAGAAUGAUAUUGUUUACUGAAGGUAAUAAAAUGGCAUACUGAAGAA